GUUGUAGAGCGCGCGUGCGCCGGCAGAAGCAGCGAGGCGGGAAGUGUCGCGCAGGCGCGUUUGGCCAGCUCGCUAGGUUGGGAGCUCUUGGAGGCGGUGACCCAGCCACCUGGGAGCCCUAGAAGUCGAACUCCCUUAAACCUGCUCUCCCUGCGGCCAUGACCCCCUAGCCGGCACCUUGGCAUCCCACUUGUUUGGUGAUGGAGGCGACAUUGGAGAUUCAGAUGGAGGAGCCAAUGGCCUUUUCUUCCUCCUGUGACCGGCUUCAGGCUGAUGGCUCGUUAAAAAAACGUGAGCAGAAUUUUAAACUGCCAGGUGUUAAAAAGGAUAUUGAGAAGCUUUAUGAAGCUGUUCCACAACUUGGCAAUGUGUUUAAGAUUAAGGACAAAAUUGGAGAAGGCACUUUCAGCUCUGUUUAUUUGGCCACAGCACAGUUACAAGUGGGACCUGAGGAAAAAAUUGCUCUGAAACACUUAAUUCCAACAAGUCAUCCUAUAAGAAUCGCUGCUGAACUUCAGUGUCUAACAGUGGCUGGGGGGCAAGACAACGUCAUGGGAGUUAAAUAUUGCUUUAGGAAAAAUGAUCAUGUUGUUAUUGCUAUGCCAUACCUAGAACAUGAGUCUUUUUUGGACAUUUUGAAUUCUCUUUCCUUUCAAGAAGUACGGGAAUACAUGUUUAAUCUGUUCAGAGCUUUGAAACGCAUUCACCAGUUUGGUAUUGUUCACCGUGAUGUUAAGCCCAGCAAUUUUUUAUAUAAUAGACGCCUGAAAAAGUAUGCCUUGGUAGAUUUCGGUUUGGCCCAAGGAACUCAUGAUACAAAAAUAGAGCUUCUCAAAUUUGUCCAAUCUGAAACGCAGCAGGAAAGUUGCACCCAGAACAAAUCUCAUGUAAUCAUGGGAAACAAGAUUUCAUUGAGUGGCCAAGCACCUAAGGAACUGGAUCAGCGGUCUCCCACCAAAACAUCUAUCAAAAGACCCUGCACAAAUGCACAAAUUCAGAUUAAACAAGGAAAAGAUGGAAAGGAGGGAUCUGUAGGCCUUUCUGUCCAGCGCUCUGUUUUUGGAGAAAGAAAUUUCAAUAUACACAGCUCCAUUUCACAUGAGAGCCCUCCAGUGAAACUGAUAAAGCCAUCAAAGAGUGUGGAUGUAUUGUCAAGAAAGUUAGCAACAAAAAAGAAGACUAUUUCCACAAAAGUUAUGAACAGUGGGGUGAUGAGGAAAACUGCCAGUUCUUGUCCAACUAACCUGACCUGUGACUGCUAUGCAACAGAUAAAGUGUGCAGUAUUUGCCUUUCAAGGCGUCAACAAGUUGCACCUAGGGCAGGUACACCAGGAUUCAGAGCACCUGAGGUCUUGACCAAAUGCCCCAAUCAAACUACAGCAAUUGACAUGUGGUCUGCAGGUGUCAUAUUCCUUUCUUUGCUUAGUGGACGAUAUCCGUUUUAUAAAGCAAGUGAUGAUUUAACUGCUUUGGCUCAAAUUAUGACAAUUCGGGGAUCCAGGGAAACUAUCCAGGCUGCUAAAACUUUUGGCAAAUCAAUAUUAUGUAGCAAAGAAGUCCCAGCACAAGACUUGAGGAAACUCUGUGAGAGACUCAGGGGUACAGAUUCUAAUACUCCCAAGUUAACAAGUGAUACACAAGGGCCUGCUUCUCCUGACCAGACUCUCUCAGAGAAGACUGACCAUAAAGCUUCUUACCUCAUACAAACACCUCAAGUACAACCCUCAGGGAAUUCAUUACAUGCAAAGGACAGCAAUGGCUGCGCACGUCAUUUUGAUGAGUGUACAACCAAUUUAGACGGCUGGGAUGAGGUUCCUGACGAAGCUUAUGACCUGCUUGAUAAACUUCUAGAUCUAAAUCCAGCUUCAAGAAUUACAGCAGAAGAAGCUUUGUUGCAUCCAUUUUUUAAGGAUAUGAACUUAUGAUUAUGCAUCUUCAUUUACCAUUACUGUUGUGUAUUAGGUAAAGAUGAGUUCUUUGUAAAUAGCCCUAAAUCCUUGUUUACAAUCUUUGUUUACAGUCCAGGGCAGUAUGAAUAAUUUAUUUUAAAAUGUUAGUAUUUACUCUGGUGGCAGAUACAUAAAAUACAGAUUAAGAUUACUUAAAAUGCCUGGGAAAGUUCUUUGGACUAACAAGAUGAUCUUUGAGUUAAAUCCACUCAAGUAGAAUCAGAGUUUUACUUUCUCUAUUUUUCACUGCCAUUUACAGACAAAGGAGCAGUUUUAGCCUUGUACAAAGUAAUCCAAGGUGCAAGUCUGAAAGUUAAUAGACAUGACAGGGAUUAAAUGAUUCAAAACACAUAGUUUACUGAGUUAUCAUAGUGAGUUAUGUGUACUUUGUAAAAUUCAACCUAGUGUUGGUGCUGUAAUCUGUAGGGAAAGAAAGUAAUUCCCUUUUCUAGAAGCAUAUAUUAAAUCUUUUAAAGACACUAAAAUACUGAGGAGAUGUUGGUCAUGGGGCAAAAUAUCACUUAAAAUUGAAUUUUUCCAUUUUUCAAAAGUCAUAAAACAUUUUUGUGUGAAUUGUCAUAUUUUCUUUGCUUCUAACACAUUCUGAUUGGAAAUUGUAUGGUGCUACAACAAAGGUUCUGGGUGCUUUAUUAGAUUCAGUGUGUCUUUACAGCUGGCAAUUUAUAGUAAUGCUUAUACUGGAUAAGGGAAAGCUGUAGGACAAAGGUGAAGAUUGAGAAUCCAAUAUGCCUUUAUUUUCCUCUUUGCUGUGUGUAUGUUUUGUCACAGUAUUUUAGGCAUCAGGUAGCUCCCAAAAAACAAAGCAAACACAGAAUUAAGUUUACUGGAGACUUUUUCUCUAUCUAGCUAUCUGUAAUGCUAGAUCCUAUUUUGACUAACUUGGUCUUGCUCAGAGAAGAAUGAUUACUAGAGUCUUAGGUGUUACAGGAAGAGAGAAUGAAGUAGAAUAAAGUAGAACAAAGUAGAAAAGGACCUAAGAUUAGGGGUUUAUGUAUUAUUUACAUUCUAAACAUACAUGUCAAGCAUAUCUUGUGGAAAAUAAAGUAGGGGAGGGUGUGGAUCUGCUGACAAGUUUCCCAUUUAGUAGUCUUAGAAACAUAGAUUCAUUUUGUUAUUUUGAGCAUUGAUGGGUCAGUAUGUCCACCUAGUCUACUUGGGAAGUAAUAGUGUUUAUAUAAGCCAUUAUUAUGGAUCUGCUGUCUUAAAAUUGUUUCUUUAAAAACUUGAAUGUUCUUGAAUUUAUAUGUUUAAUAAAGUUGCCCUUUUAUAUUUUUUA